AUGUCACUCGAACGCAAACCAGGAUUGUUUGAAUCGAUGGGCUUGGGUGGAAUGGCCGCGUGCUUUGCAGUCAACUUCACCCAUCCGAUCGAAACUGUGAAGACCAGGAUGCAAGUUUCUGGUGCCGGAAUCGGUACAACUGUUGCGGAAACGUUUGCAGAGGGUGGGAUCCGACCGUUUUACAAGGGACUACUUUUUGCCUUCGGACGGGAAUUGAGCUACACAUCUAUAAAACUUGGCGCUUACGCUCCUGUUCGUGAUGCACUUGGAGCUGGAAAAGAAAGCCCAUUUUAUCUGAAGUUCGUCGCUGGAGCCAUAACCGGAGGUGUCGGAUCUUUGGUCGGAAAUCCCUUUGACGUGUUGAAAACCUUGUCGCAGGCCAACAAGGGCAAGUCUGCCCCUCUUGCUUCGUUGGUCGGAGAGAUGUAUAAGAACCAAGGGAUUGGUGGCUUCUACAGAGGUGUGGAAGUCAACGUCAUGCGAGCAUGUAUUUUGAAUGCCACUAAAAUGGGCGUUUAUGAUUUGACAAAGGGCUAUGUUACUGAGUAUACGGGAUGGAGCCGCAGUGAUGUCAGAACCGCUUUCAGCAGUGCUUUUGUGGCAGGUUUUUUCAUGACUUGCACUGUGAGCCCAGCAGACAACUUGAGAACCCGCCUCAUGAACCAGCCCACAGACAAGAAGAUUUACAAUGGAUUUGUCGAUUGUUUGGUCAAAACCGUGAGAAACGAUGGUAUUCUCAGUCUGUGGCGAGGCUUUGUCCCCAUUUGGGCUCGAUUUGCUCCCCAAGCCACUCUGCAGUUGCUUACAAUUGAGCAGCUAUACAGAAUCUGCGGUUUCAAGUCAAUCUAG